GAAAAACCCCGCGCCUUAAGGAAACUCUGUAGGGACGUCGGUCCCCGCCUCCAGAAUCAUAACACCUCAGGUGAUGGCUAUGCAUGCUCAGCUCCCAAGUCCAAGUCACUUUUGCCCGAGAAGUACGAGAUGGCGAGGAGCCGAUCAGGAGAGGGCAAAACAGAACGAGUCUUCAGUUCAGUAGUGUUGUGAACACAAUUCUAUAAAUGUAUGUUGUCCUCCCUGUUAGUUAGAGCUUCUAAAUCUCUCCUCAAGUCUACAAACCAGCGAAGGUUUUAUACAAAUUAGGAGAGACCAGAUGAAUGAGGGAGCCCUGCCACUAUUCAGUACUCCGGAAGCAGCAAGCGGUAUGCACGCCCAGCAAGCCAAAACUAAAAUGCGUGGGGUUCCAACAGAAGACCAGAUCACCAGGCCUACCGUCGUGGAGCUUAAGCCUGAAGAUGGAUACUGUGGCCUCGCUCAAUUCGACUCUGAAGGUGUCAAGCUUAUAGCUCAGCUUGAGCAGGUCCAACCCACAGAAUACGGCCAUGAAGACAUUUACUUAGUCCAGUUCAAAGUGGAUUUGAUGAGUUCUGUUGCGCAGCGGAAGAGGAUACAGGCAGCAGAUUUCGAUAUCAAGAUCUCACCGCUCCCCGAGCACGGUGAACAAACUCCACAAGAACAAAAGCCAACGACGCCGGAUCAGGACCCUCAGAUUGUGGUCGUUUCACCCGAAAUCCAGCUUUGGAACGUGUCCGAGCGAGAAAUCAGUGUCGAGGCGCGGAAGAGCUUGUUACUGUCCGCGAAUGCCACCACUUUUGCAGGAGCGAGUAUUGGGGCGGAAAACACUGCUCGAGAGCUCACUAAAUUUGACGGUGUCGUUACCAUCCAUGGGGUAAUCAAGAACGGUAAAGACACGGCGUGCUGGCGCAUUCGAGAAGACUCUGCUUCCAAGAGCGGCGUGCCGCAGAGCCUCAGGCUCGUCGCAGGGGUGAGAGCGAAGGCCGGUUUCCAGAUCCAAGUGCUGCGGCUCGAAGCUCAUGUCCGGGAGAGAAAACGUUUCUGGAAACUGCGCAUCCUGUCAGCGCGGUCCACCGCCAUCGUGCAAAUUAACCCCUUGGAUAAACUUCUCGCGCAAAUCCUCCAUGCCACCACCGAAAGAGCUAAACAACUGCUCGCAAAGACAACGUCGGUUGCCACUCAAGCCCGCUCUGCCUUGAAGGAGUUGCAUGAGAAAGCCGACAGCACAAUUAAAGAACUCGAGGCGAACGAUCUCGCAAACCAUGGGCAACAUGUUGAAGGUGCCCUGCGGCUUGUGGAGGAUAUUGCGAAUGCCUGCCAAGGGUGGCGCAACCCACUCAAUGAUGGGCGGCUCAAGAAAGAUGAAGUGGUUUUUGACGCCCUGACAAAGCGAAUCAUCGAAGCAGAGAGACAUCAGGAGAACGAAGAGGCCCAGAGAAAUCAAGGGUCUCGAGAGAAGACAAGAGAACAGCUUCAAGACGAGAAAAUCAGCGAGCAGUUGGCAUCCACCAAGGAGGACUUGCGACGAAUCAAACGGCAAGUCCAUUUAACUGAGCUCAAAGGCACGUUAGAGAAACUGAACCGAAUGAUCGCCAACGAGAACACUGAGCAAGCUGAAAUCAAAUCCGCCAUGAGGGACGCGGAAGAACUAGCCUCUAGGCUAGAUACUGAGCCCGAUAUUUCAUAUCAAAGGACGCGACAACACUACCGACACUUGAUCGAAGGUGAUGGUGAAUCUUCCUCCGAGUCGGGAUCCGCCUCUUCUUCCGACUCCGAUUCUAGUUCCGACCUAGGUGCUGAUUCCGACACUGACUACGACAAUGUGAAUGCGCAUCAUCAUCUUCAUGAGCAUUAUCGUCGUCGUCGCCAUGGCCGGCGAAACUCACCUUUGGUGGUGCCACAGACGAGCACCGUGAUCAGCACGAGGAGAAGGAUCAAACCGGAGGAGCUAAGGUCAUUCUCGGCGGUCGGAGGCUAUUCUAUCAAGGUGUUGUAAUUUUGCAUAUGAUGGUCAUGUUUGUUCGGAAAUUGAGUACACGAAUCUCAAUGAGU